AUGGCGGACGAAAAAAGUAAUGACAAUAAUAUCAAACAUGAAGCUGAGAAAGAAUUAAAUAAGAAAUCUACCGUUGAGCUGUUUAAAAAGAUAAAGAAACAAAAUAUUCCACUGUUUUUGCCAUUUUAUUCACUACCAUCCAAACACAAGAGAUUAUUAGCUUUAUCUUUUUUAUGUGCAACAAUAUCAGGAGCUGCGUUACCCAUUUUUGUUACGGUGUUUGGUAACACUAUGGCAAAUAUGAAUAUGGGAACGAGUGUAAAUGCGAUGGUUUUAAAAUUAGUAAUAGUUGGUAUAUGUCAAUUUUUGAUAUCAUCGACUUCAUGUUUAUGCAUGAAUACUGUUACUACAGAGAUUAUAAGAAUAUUAAAAUUAAAAUAUUUAAAAAGUGUUUUUCAUCAAGAUGGAGAAUUUCAUGAUAAUAACCCAGGUUCUAAAUUAACAUCCGAUUUAAAUUUUUAUUUAGAACAAAUACAUUCAGGAAUAGGAACAAAAUUUACUACAAUAUUUACAUAUAGCAGUUCAUUCUUAGGUUUAUUUUUCGUAUCAUUAUAUAAAAAUGCAAGAUUAACAUUAUGUAUUACAUGUGUGUUCCCAAUAAUAUAUAUAAUCGGUUCGAUAUGUAAUACAAAAGUCCGAUUAAAUACAAAAACAUCACUAUUAUAUAAUAACAAUACAAUGUCUAUAAUUGAUGAAGCAUUAGUUGGUAUUAAAACAGUUGUAAGUUAUUGUGGAGAAAGUACAAUUUUGAAAAAAUUUAAAUUAUCAGAACAAUUUUAUAGUAAAUACAUGUUAAAGGCAAAUUUUAUGGAAUCACUACAUGUUGGUUUUAUUAAUGGAUUUAUAUUAGCUGCAUAUUCUAUGGGAUUUUGGUAUGGUACUAGAAUUAUGAUACAUGAUAUUAAGAAUAUGAACUCAACUAGCAAUUUCAAUGGGGGCUCAGUUAUAUCAAUUUUAUUAGGAGUUCUUAUUGGUGUCUUUAUGCUUACUAUUAUAUUACCAAAUGCUACUGAAUAUAUGAAAGCGUUAGAGGCAACUAACAAUAUACAUGAAAUUAUUAACAGAAAGCCAGCUGUUGACAGAAAUCAAAAUAAAGGUAAAAAAUUAGAUGAUAUUAAAAAAAUCGAAUUUAAAAAUGUCAAAUUUCAUUAUAGUACUCGAGAAGAUGUUGAAAUUUAUAAGGAUUUGAAUUUUACAUUAAAAGAAGGAAAUACUUAUGCAUUUGUUGGAGAAUCUGGAUGUGGUAAAUCAACAAUUUUAAAAUUGCUUGAACGAUUUUAUGAUCCAACAGAUGGAGAUAUUGUUAUUAAUGGUGCACACAGUUUGAAAGACAUUGACUUAAAAUGGUGGAGAUCUAAAAUUGGAGUAGUUAGUCAAGAUCCUUUGUUGUUUAGCAAUUCUAUUAAAAAUAAUAUUAAAUAUAGUUUAAUAAGCCCCAAUACUUUAGAAGCAAUGGAAAAUGGAUUCACCAUGAACGAAAAUAAUAGCAAAAAUGGAAAGUCCACUAGUAUUUUGGAUGAAAUAUCUAAGAAAAAUACAACUGAUGAUUUAUUAGAAGUAGUAUCGUCUAUUAAUUCUAUUGAAGAUUCAAAAGUAAUUGGUGUAUCUAAGAAAGUGUUAAUCCACGAUUUUGUUGCAGCAUUACCAGACAAAUAUGACACUUUAGUAGGUUCUAGUGCAUCUAAGUUAUCAGGUGGACAAAAACAAAGAAUAUCUAUAGGUAGAGCUGUUAUUAGAAAUCCUAAGAUUUUAAUACUUGAUGAAGCUACGUCAUAUCUUGAUAAUAAAUCAGAAUAUUUAGUUCAGAAAACAAUUAACAAUUUAAAAGGAAAUGAAAAUCGUAUUACCAUUAUUAUUGCUCAUAGAUUGAGUACUAUUCGAUAUGCUAAUCAAAUUUUUGUCUUAUCAAACAGAGAUCAAGAAUCAACAGGAACUGAUGGAAAAAAACAAGGUGCUAUAAAUAGCAACAACGGAAGUGUAAUAGUUGAACAAGGUACUCAUGAUAGUUUGAUGAAAAAUAAAAAUGGUAUUUACUAUUCUAUGAUUCAAAACCAGAAAGUAUCAUUAAAUGAAAAUGGCGGAAAUAGCGAUGACAAUAAUAGUAGUGUAUAUAAAGAUUCUAAUACAGGUGAUGCUAAAUCUUCUAGUGAUAGAAAUCUGAAUAUUGAUAUAGAUAAAAAUUUCAAUACUAAAAAAGAAAAAGAGAUUGCUGAUGCUGAUAAAGCAAGUAAACCAUCAUUUUUCAAAAGAAUGUUUGGAAAGAAAGAGAAGAAACCUAAUAAUUUGAGUAUAGUAUAUAAAGAAAUAUUUUCUCAAAGAAAAGAGGUUGUUAUUAUACUUUUAAGUACUAUAGUAGCAGGUGGUUUAUAUCCAUUGUUUGCUAUAUUAUUUGCAGAAUACGUUGUGACAUUAUUUGAUAUCCCGAACUUAGAAUAUAAUUCAAAUAAAUAUUCUAUAUACAUGUUACUUAUUGCUUUAGCUAUGUUUAUUUCUGAAACAUUAAAAAAUUAUUACAAUCAUAAAAUUGGAGAAAAGGUUGAAAGCAAAAUUAAAUAUUUAUUGUUCGAGAAUAUACUACAUCAAGAAAUUGCUUUUUUUGAUAAAGAUGCAAAUGCUCCUGGAUUGUUAACAUCGUAUAUUAACAGAGAUGUACAUUUAUUAAAAACUGGUUUAGUAAAUAAUAUUGUAAUAUUUACGCAUUUUAUUAUUUUGCUUAUUGUUAGUACGAUUUUGUCAUUGUAUUUUUGCCCAAUAAUAGCAAUAGCUUUAACAUUAGCAUAUACCCUUGUAAUGCGAGCUAUUUCUACAAGAAUUCGAAUGGAAAAAUCUAAUAAAAUAGAGAAAAUUGGAGAUAAUAAUGAUGCCUCCCUUACAUAUACUAGUGAUGAUGAAAUAUUUAAAGAUCCUAAUUUUUUAAUUCAAGAAGCAUUUUAUAAUAUCCACACAAUUAUUACAUAUGGAUUAGAAGAUUAUUAUUGUAAAUUGAUAGAAAAUGCAUUAGAUAAUCACAUUAAAGAGCAAAAAAGAGCAACUAUAAAAAAUUCAUUAUUAUGGGGAUUUAGUCAAUGUACACAAUUAUUUAUUAAUGCAUUUGCUUAUUGGCUCGGUUCCAUAUUGAUAGAACACAAAAUUAUAGUUGUUGAUAAUUUUAUGAAAUCUUUAUUUACAUUUUUAUUUACUGGUAGUUAUGGUGGUAAGUUAAUGUCCUUCAAAGGAGACUCAGAUAAUGCUAAAAUAGCAUAUGAUAAAUAUUAUCCUUUAAUGGUUAGAAAAUCAAAUAUAGAUGUAAGAGAUGAGGGUGGUAUAAGAAUAAAGAAUCCACAACAAAUAGACGGAAAUAUAGAAGUGAAGGAUGUUAACUUUAGAUAUUUAUCUAGACCAAAUGUACCAAUAUAUAAAGAUUUGUCAUUUAGUUGUGAUAGCAAAAAAACUACUGCUAUAGUUGGAGAAACAGGAUGCGGUAAAUCCACAAUUAUGCAUUUAUUGAUGCGAUUCUACGAUUUGAAAGAUGACCACGUUUUAUUAGAUAAUCAACAUAUUGAAAAAGACAAUAAAGAUAAAUCAAAUGAUAUAGAAAUGAAAGAUGCAACUACUAUGAAUGAUUUGAACGAAUUGCAUAACAAAAACGCAAAUCAAGAAUUUACUCUUUACAAAAAUAGUGGUAAAAUUUUACUUGAUGGCGUAGAUAUUUGCGAUUAUAACUUAAAAGAUCUAAGAAGAUUAUUUGCGAUAGUUAACCAAGAACCAAUGUUGUUUAAUAUGUCUAUUUAUGAAAAUAUAAAAUUCGGUAAAGAAGAUGCAACAUUAGAAGAUGUAAAAAGGGCUUGCAGAUUUGCUGCUAUUGACGAAUUUAUUGAAUCAUUACCAAAUAAAUAUGAUACUAACGUAGGACCUUAUGGAAAAAGUUUAUCAGGUGGUCAAAAACAACGAGUUGCUAUUGCUAGAGCCCUAUUAAGAGAACCUAAAAUAUUGUUGUUAGACGAAGCUACAUCAUCUCUUGAUUCACACUCAGAAAAAUUAAUUGAAAAAACCAUUGUUGAUAUUAAAGAUAGAGCUGACAGAACCAUCAUUACUAUUGCUCACAGAAUCGCAUCUAUCAAAAGAUCAAAUAAAAUUGUAGUUUUUAACAACCCAGAUAAAAAUGGAUCUUUUGUUCAAGCCCAAAAAACACACGACGAAUUGAUUCGCGAUAAAGAUAGUGUUUAUACAAAAUAUGUCAAAUUAACUAAAUAA